GGAUACAUGUGGAACCUCUAGACACUGAUAAAGCAAUAAAAUCCUAUAUGGAGAAAGUUGAUGACCGUGAACACAAAGUGAAUAUAGAAAGUGAAGGGAAGAAAGCACAUAAAAUUUUUACUCCACAAAAGUAUGCCCGAGUAAUUCGCGGUUUGUAAAGAAGGCAGUUCGAUUAACAUUCGAAGGCCUUAGCGUCUUUGGAUUGGGUGUCACUGCAGACUUGAAAGCAAUAAAGAAGAUAAAGCAGAAGCACAGAUGGGGUCGUCAGCUCUUAGAUAAUUUUAUGGACACACUGCCUGAAUCGUAUAUGGCAAAUAAUUUUAUGGACACACCGUCUGAAUCGUAUAUGGGAAAUAGUGGAGGUCAACCAUUUAUGACAUCUGACGUUGGAGGAAACAAACAGGAUCAACCCUUAAUUACACAACAACAGUCACAAAUGGUGGAUGCAUCUAGCUCAAGGCCAGAAGAACACAGAAGAAUGGAUGAAUCUGCGGCAAGAAAAGAGGAAAAGGAGACAACACUCGUUGGCAUGGCAAAAGCAGGCAUAGUAGAAGUGGUGAAGGAGCUUCAAAACAAAGUACCAAGUUCCCUCCACGACAAGGAAGGCUUGGUUGUUGUGGCAAUGAAGAACAUAAAACUACACAAACUGGGAGAAGCACACCACGUUGACGAAAGGGAGACUGUGUUUAUGACUGCCGCGAAGAAUGGCAUUGUGGAGAUCGUGCUCGCAGUUCAAGACAAAAUACGCAGCGUUGUGCACCAAACGAACUCCAACAACGAAAACGUGUUGCUGAUGGCAGUGAAGAACAGACAAACCAAGGUUGUUGAGGCGCUGAACAAUCAUUUGGAUAAGGACCUGUUUGGUAGCUUGAUUUUGAAAGUGGAUAGCAGGGAGAACACGGUGUUGCACUUGGCAGCAGGUACUUCCAGUAACAGUGAAAGAAGUUGGCAGAUUGCUGGUGCUGCCAUGCAAAUGAUGUGGGAUAUCAAGUGGUUUCAGUACGAGACAAGCCUAGUCCCGGAGCACUUCAUAUUCAGAACCAACAAAGACGGCAAAACCGGGGGGGGGGGGGGGGAAUCUUCAAGCAAGAACACAAAGAACUAG